AUGGCGGUGCAAGCGCAGUUCGUGUUCAGCGGCCUCGCCGGGUGCUUGCUGCCCUAUGGCAGCGGCGGAUUGGCCGAGGAGCAGAUCCAGGCGCUCAUGUCACCCGCCGCGGGCAACAAACCGCACCGGUACAAGUACAACCGAGCGGCCGGCGUGGCCAGCGCCGCGCAGAGCGACCUGACGUGCAACGGCGGCGCGGGCGUGGUGCCGCCGUCGCGGAAGCGCGGCAGGGACGCCGAGCACGAGCAGUAUGUGCCGUCGUCCUCGUCGACGGCGGCGCUACUGCCGAUCCCGGGGACGCACAUGCACCAGGCGAUCGCUGGACACCAGUUGCCGCCGGCGCUCGGCGCGGCGACGACUGCCGACCGGUUGGCCGAGUCCGCGACGACGUCGACCAGCGGCCGCCCGGCGUCUGGAGCGGGCGCGCUGGUGUCGGAGCUGCUGCGGCAGCACGGCGCAGAGAUCGACGCGCUGGUGCGGGCCGAGUGCGACCGGCUGCGCGCCGGGCUGGAGCAGGCGCAGAAGCGCCAGUGCCUUGCUCUGGCGCGUGCCGCCGAGGCAGCCGCGGUGCCCGCGCUGCGGGAGGUGGAGGCCGAGCUGGCCGCCGCGCGCCGCCGCGCCGGGGACCUCGAGGAGCUGCUCCGGCAAGCGGCCACCGAGAGCCAGGCGUGGUGCGGGCUCGCGCGCAGCAACGGCGCCGUCGCCGCGGGGCUCCGCGCCGCGAUCGACGCGGUGCUCCUGCAGGGUGCCGGCGCCGGCGGUACUGGUACUGGUACGGCGCGGCCCGCCGCCGAGGAGGGCUUCGGCGACUCCGGCGGCACGGACGACGACGCGCAGUCGUGCUGCUGCGCGGAGGCGGUCGACGCCACCGCCGCCACGGCCUCGGCCUCGUCGUCGUGGAACGACAGGUGGGCGUGCAAGGCGUGCGGCGAGGGCGAGGUGUCGGUGCUGCUGCUGCCGUGCCGGCACGUGUGCCUGUGCAAGGCGUGCGAGCCGCGGACGGACGCCUGCCCCGUCUGCCUCGGCGCCAAGAACGCGUCCAUCCACAUCGCGCCCAACUGA